AUGCCGUCGACAGCGCAGAUGAAGCUGCGUUGGGCAGCCACCAGAGUUGUCGUCGCAGCUUUUGCAGUGGCUGCUUCCCAAUCGUUUGUCUCGGCUGAUGACAUCAGUCCUUCGUUGAGGAGGUCCUUCGCAGGCAUCACCUCCAAGCAGAAAACUACAUCAAGCUGGAGAACAAGACUCCAAGAAUUCGGAAGGCAGGAUUUGAUUAAUGACGCGGUGCAGACUCUGCAGACAAGUGACAUGAGGAUGCGAAGUGCUAUGCUUGGCGCGCUAGUGCUUUGGGGUGGCCUGUGGCUUGCAAAGGUUGUCACAGGCUAUUUGGAAACUUUGGCAAGACUGGGUGUCUUUGGAAGAUUUGCUGGGGCACCUUCAGUUGUAGCGUGGGGUGCAGGAGCUGGGGCAUUUCACACGCUGUCGGGCCCAGAUCAUCUCGCAGCUUUGGCUCCCCUGGCUUUGCGUACUUCCGGCCCUGGAAAAGCUUUCCGCACAGGUGUUUUCUGGGGUUUUGGCCACGUGCUUGGACAAGUGCUUUUGGGGAUCAGCCUUUUGCUUCUUAGCCAGUCGACUCAGUCUUGCCACAUCCUCCAAUCCUGUCAAAGUGGAGGUCAUAUAGGGCAGUUGGCAGAGAAAACUGCCUCGAUUGCCAUGGGCGCCGUCCUCAUGAUCAUUGGCGGCAUGGGCUUGAAGGAAUCUCGCGAGUGGGAUGAAGAAGCAUCCGAAGACGCGCCUGCGUGCCAACGUUUUCGAUUGAAGACCUUGGCGACAGGGAUGCUGUCUGGGAUGCAUCCUGAUGCUCUCUUAUUGUGCAUACCGGCACUAACCUUGUCAACGAGGUCAGCUGGCCUGAUUUUCCUCGCUUCCUUUGCAGCUGGUUCUGUGCUAGCGAUGGGUGGCUUUACUGCAGCCCUCCAGGCUGCUUGCAAAUCACUAGGUCAAAAAGCAGUGCGGCGAACCUCCUCAAUCGCUUCGGUACUUGCUCUGAGUUUGGGAGCCGUAAUUUGUGUUUCCGUGGCGCUAUAG